GCGGCGGCGGCCGGAGCCGGAAGGCGGGGAGGGGCCGUCCGUUGGGCCCGAGGCGGCGGCUGGGGCGAACCGCUCUCGUCGCCUCCCGGGGCCGGAGCGGCGGGGCCGCGCCUCCUCCCCCCAGCGCCGCGGAGGGGGGAGGAGGAAGAUGGAGACCCACAUCUCGUGCUUGUUCCCGGAGCUGCUGGCCAUGAUCUUCGGCUACCUGGACGUCCGGGACAAGGGGCGCGCGGCGCAGGUGUGCACGGCCUGGCGGGACGCCGCCUACCACAAGUCGGUGUGGCGGGGGGUGGAGGCCAAGCUGCACCUGCGCCGGGCCAACCCGUCGCUGUUCCCCAGCCUGCAGGCCCGGGGCAUCCGCCGCGUGCAGAUCCUGAGCCUCCGCCGCAGCCUCAGCUACGUGAUCCAGGGCAUGGCCAACAUCGAGAGCCUCAACCUAAGCGGCUGCUACAACCUCACCGACAACGGGCUGGGCCACGCGUUUGUGCAGGAGAUCGGCUCCCUGCGUGCCCUCAACCUGAGCCUCUGCAAGCAGAUCACCGACAGCAGCUUGGGUCGCAUAGCGCAGUACCUCAAGGGCCUGGAGGUGCUGGAGCUGGGGGGUUGCAGCAACAUCACCAACACCGGCCUCCUGCUCAUCGCCUGGGGUCUGCAGCGCCUCAAGAGCCUUAAUCUCCGCAGCUGCCGCCACCUUUCCGACGUGGGCAUCGGGCACCUGGCCGGCAUGACGCGCAGCGCGGCGGAGGGCUGCCUGGGCCUGGAGCAGCUCACGCUGCAGGACUGUCAGAAGCUCACUGAUCUUUCUCUGAAGCACAUCUCCCGGGGGCUGACGGGCCUGAGGCUCCUCAACCUUAGCUUUUGCGGGGGCAUCUCGGACGCAGGCCUCCUGCACCUGUCGCACAUGGGCAGCCUACGCAGCCUUAACCUGCGUUCCUGCGACAACAUCAGUGACACGGGCAUCAUGCAUCUGGCUAUGGGCAGCUUGCGCCUCUCGGGGCUGGAUGUGUCCUUCUGUGACAAGGUUGGGGACCAGAGUCUGGCCUACAUAGCCCAGGGCCUAGAUGGCCUCAAGUCCCUCUCUCUCUGCUCCUGCCACAUCAGUGACGAUGGCAUCAACCGCAUGGUGCGGCAGAUGCACGGGCUGCGCACGCUCAAUAUCGGACAGUGUGUGCGCAUCACGGACAAGGGUCUGGAGCUGAUUGCUGAGCACCUGAGUCAGCUCACUGGCAUAGACCUGUAUGGCUGUACGCGAAUCACCAAGCGCGGCCUGGAGCGCAUCACGCAGCUGCCCUGCCUCAAAGUACUCAACCUGGGACUCUGGCAGAUGACGGACAGUGAGAAGGUCAGGUGAGGGCGGCAGCACCACCUCCCCUCGUCCCGCCCUGUUCAUCCCCACCCCGCCCCGUCACCACCCGCACACUUUACAUAGAUCAUUGCGGUGGAUGAGAUGGAGGCAAUGACACGAAGCCUCAGGCCCAUUUUCUCUUCCCUUCUCCAGCAUCCCCGCCCACUACAUGCCCAUUCUCCUCAUUGUAUCUGGGGUUCCCCUGCUCCCCCUCCCAUACUCCCCUCUCUUUUUCCCAGAGGAUAGAGAGAUGGACUCAGCUACUUACUCAACCACUCCUCUCUGCGGGGGGGAUGGAGGACUGACUGAGCUACUGUAUUCCCACUGCGAUGCAUUUGGAAAUGGGGGUGGGGGUGGGGAGUGACUAGUCCUUGCGACCCUGGGGAGCUGAGGAAAAUGUCUGCCUUCACUUAAAGCUUUCAUUUGAAUACUGUGAUCUGGUUUUUAUUUUGAAAUGUAUAAAAAAGCAAACGCAACUGCAACGGCCUUUUCACCUUCUUCCACUUUGUAACUAAUCCCAGUCUCUUCUCAUCACUGCUCCUUUUACAGUACUCUGCUAUUCACGAUCAUUUCAUUUUUAUUGUCUGUCUUUUCCUUUUUUUAGUUUUUGAAGAAAUUUGAAAUCAUGGUCCCUUUUUUCUGCUGAAUAUAUUCUAUAUAUUAUAUAUAUAUAAAUUAUAUAUAUAUAUAUAUAUGUCUGGCUACCUCGUUUUAGUUUACUUUUUUCUCUGAAGCCCUGGAAUUCUACAAGAGAGAUAUUUUGAGACUAAACAUUUUCGUGCCUAGACUGGAAAGAUGCCCAUUGGGUUUGUACGUCCUUUUUGUUUUGGCUUCUUCCCAAACCCCAUCCAUCCAGUGUGUCCCCUUUCCACAUUCUGGCUAUAAUUUUCUUUUUCUCCUUGUCUAUUGGGAUUUUAGGGCCCAACCCUGUUCCUAAAUCUUGACUUAAUUUAUAGCACAAAUGUGUGGGAGAAAUGAGUGGAACUGUUUUUUUUGUUUGUUUGAGAUGCAGAUUGUGUCUUGAAAAUGAUUAUUAUAUAUGCAAAUUCUGCCCUACCCUCACCCUCUUCCGAGUUUCCCCACAAAAAGGUCACACGGUGAGGCUUCCUGUUGGAAGCACAGGAGCAGAGUUGGCCUUCAGAGCCCCUGGGGCUGUGAUGUGAAGGGGAGGAGACUGAAAUUCUCGUCUUAUCUCUUGUUCUGUUAAUAAAAUGGGAGUUUGUGGGUUUUAAAAAAUUCUGUUUCUAAAUGGAGGAAUAGGUGACUUUAUUUUGGUGGGGGUUGGGACUUGUGGCUUUAAAAAAAUCGCUUUUGAGUAGGAUGUAUAUUUUUGUUGGAUUUUUUGUUUAUUUUUUUAGAAUCCUCCACAGCAACAUGAGAGAUCAUGGAGUUAAAGAAACCCAGAGACCUUUAUCAAUUAAUUGUACUGUUUGUGAAUUUGUAUAAAUAAUAACAAAGAUCCUCUUAAAACGUUUAUAUUCUUACAGUAAAAGGUUAAACUGAUAUUUAUAUAAUAAAAGAGGAAAUAUGAAGUAUGUUUUUGAAAAAAAAAA